GGGAGGAGUCAAUGACUGAGGUGAGAGGGGUUGGGUUCUCCUGGCUGGGAGGUCGCUGGAGCCACACCAAGUCUAACUUGCACUUUCUAGAUGACAUGUGCCUGGAGGAUAGGUGAUUCUCUUAUAACUACCAUGGUGGCCAUAUGAUGACAUCGAGAGCUCUUGGUCAAAGCCGGGAGGGAGAGUCCUGCUCCUCUAUUCUAAGCAGUCUCUUCGGGCUUCCUCCAGGGGAAGACACUCCAGGAUCAUCUUUUGGAUGUCCCUGUCACUCGUGAGCAAUUAAACCAUUAUCGUAAAGCUGCAGAAAAUGCCCGUAGUGAACUUGCUGCAUCUCUGGUCAAAUUUGAAUGUGUUCAGUCUGAGCUUCUGGAUCUCAGGUCUAAGAUGUUUUCUAAAGACAUCUCAUGCCAAGAGUUGAAGGCUGAAAUGGAGAGUUAUAAAGAAAACAAUGCAAGACAGUCCUCUCUUCUCAUGUCAUUGCGAGACAGGGUUCAGGAGAUAGAGAAAGAAUCUGCAGCACUAGCCACAUCCAAAAUGAGAACAGAAAUAACAGCUAAUGCUGCAACCCAGGAGAAUCAGGAAUUGAAGAAGAAAAUCACGGACUUGGAAGUUAAAUUAAAAAAGUGUUUAAAAGAAAAUGAAGAAAGCAAGAACCAAGCAGCUGAGAACAGCAGGAAACUUGAGGAAUUUCUAAUCCAACUUUCUGGCUGCUUAGAAAUGGAUAUGAAGAAUGAAGAGGAAUCUCAGGAGCAUUUAAUUUCAAAGGUUAGGGAGCUGCAUAAGGAAAACACACUUAAGCAAGAACAGAUUGUUACUCUUGAAGAGACUAUAAAUGUCCAUGAGAUGGAGGCAAAAGCCAGUAGACAGACCAUCAUGCGACUGGUUUCAGAAGUAAACAAAGAGCAGAAAAAAACUGCCUCCUGCAUUGAAGAGAAAGAAAUGCUGAACAAGGACUUGACCAGUGCUAUAGAAGCAAAACAGAGUUUUGAGAGAGAAAUUAAGAUCUUACAAGAAAGACUAGCUAUUGGCCAGAGGGCCUGGGAUUCCACUAAGAAGGAGCUGAGCCGUCUGAAGAAAAAUUCCUGUGAAACUGAGGAGAGUUUGAAGAACAGCAUGGAGGAAGCAAAGACCUUUCAGAACCGUUUCUGUUUAUUCAUGGAGCAAAUUGCCGACCUUCUAAGUAGAAACUCGGUGAUGGUUAAGCCUUCAAAGGAAGAUGUAUUGGACAGAAUACAGGAAAUGAGCAAACAGGAAGAAAACAGGAAACAAAUGGUUUCCCAGCUUGAAGCCCAAAUAGCUAAACUGGCUGAGCAAUUGGAGAAUGAGAAUGGACUUCACCAGAAAGCUCUGCAAAGGGCCCAGAAAGCCGAAAAGCAUUUUGAAGAUCUUCAGGGUCAAUUGACGCACCUGGAGGGCGAGCUGGUAUCUGGAGAUGUUCUGCUAGACAGUUUGAGCCUGGAGAAACAAAAAUAUCUUAAAUUUGUAGAUCAGCUUUCGGAGAAGAUGAAGCUAGACCAGAUGGCUGCUGAACUUGGCUUUGACAUGCGGUUGGAUGCAGUUUUAGCUCGUGCAGAGCAGCUGGUCCGUCUUGAGAGCAAUGCAGUUAUUGAAAACAAGACCAUGGCCCAUAGCUUACAGAGAAAGCUAAAGGCUCAGAAAGAAAGGCUGGAGAGCCGAGAGCUGCACAUGAACCUUCUUCGGCAGAAGGUAAUUCACCUGGAAGAAGAGAGGCAGGUUUGCACAGCCUUGGCUGUGGAGAAGGACGAGGCCAACCUUACCAUCAGGAAACUGCAGAAGAUGGUGGAAAGAUUACAGAAGGAUCUGAGAGUGGCCCGGGAAUCUAACACUGAGCUCAAAGCCAAACUCUCAGAUACUAAUGAGCUCAAGAUUAAAACCCUGGAACAGACCAAAACCAUUGAAAACCUAAACAAAUCCAGGGGUAAACUGGAGAAGAUGAAGGAGAAGGUGGAGAAACAGUUGAUGUCUGUUAAGUCAGAGCUGGAUAUAACUGAACAUGAAGCAAAGGAAGAUAAAGAGAGAGCUAGAAACAUGCUAGAUGUCGUCACCAGUGAAAUGAAGACACUGAAGAGCACAUUGGAAGAAACAACCAAAAGAGAGAAGCAGCUGGUAGACUUCAGGGAAGUGGUUUCACGGAUGUUGGGCCUAAAUAUUACCAGCCUUGCUGUCCCUGACUAUGAAAUCAUCAAAUGUCUUGAAAGACUCAUCCAUUCUCAUCAGCAUCACUUUGUUCCCUGUGCCUGCCUUAAAGAUGUGACUACUGGACAAGAUAGAUCCUUGCAGGACCAGUUAAAACCUUUGCACUGACCUCUGCCUCACUUGAGGGAAGCCUUGCUGAAGGUCUUACAAUGAAGCAACCAGAUUGAAUGGUUUCCAGACCUCGAUUCAAAUUUUAGUUAUGGGAACAAUCCACUAUUAUUUCUUGUGCCAUCAUUUGGGGGUACAGCCAAUGGAGGCAGAUCUCUUUCAUCAUACCUGGGUUUAAAUUGUGUAAUUUUCCCACUAAUAUUGAUUAGGAUUUAAUGAAGGCAAGUUCUCAGAUCCCAAAUCUUUUCUGUGAGAAAAAGGAUGAGCUGAAAACAUUCCUUUCUCUUCAGAUUGAAUCUCUUGAAUCUCUUAUAAAUAAGUGCUUCUACUUGGGAAUGAAUGAAUGCAAAACAUUUAUUAAGCACUUAUUAUCUGCCUGGCACUGUGCAAAGGGAAAGACUCAGUACAAGUUUGUAGCUGAAGUCUUUGAGUUCCAUUUUUAAAUUUCCUUUACAAAGUAAUCAAGUCAAGUUUGUUAAGAAACUGGUUUUCUCCCUUUCCCCUUCCUCUUUCAUUGGUCUAAGACAAAAAUUCAUAUUUACUUCUGACCACUCUCCAUCUUCCUUCUUCGAGAUCCUUUCCUGUUUUCUCAUUGCAUGCAUAUUUUUGCUGGGAAUCAGAUUCUUAACAUUACUGAGAAAAGUGUUGAAAAUUUCUUUAACAUAGCAUUUAUCUGUCUGUUUUAAAGAAGUAUCCCCUAGCUUCGCUGUAAUGCUUUUGGUGAAACAUCAAGGUACCCCGAGGGAGAAAUAGGAGGUGGCGUGUGUCAGGCAAGCCAAACCACCACUACCUUCCCUCUGACCCAUAUAGAGACAGCCCAGGCCUCUGAAUCCAAUAGCAGCACUCCCUGCCUUAUACUAGGAGCCCUUCUUUGACCUGGGCCUCACAGCUAUCAUGGAUGGGAGCAAUCACUAUGGAGAAGGGGCCUGCUUUUUUCAGUAUCCCCACACCAAACACUUACCAACUGUUACCAGCUGUCAUCAACUGGCAAAUAAGCCCAAGAGCUUGGAAAUGACAGCACUCUCUUCACCCUUCUGCUAUCAUCCUGUCCCUAUAGCUCUCUUCCCCGUAAAGCAACCCUGCUGAAGAUGCAGCCUUGAACUACUUCUGUGCAAGCUGCAGUCACAGAUACUGAAGAUCUUGGGAGAAAAGAAAAGGUGUAUAAGUUGUUGUUGUUGUUGUUGUUGUUUUUUACUAUCUGAGCCUCAGCUCUGUCAAAUAGGUCAGCAUCUGAAAAUGAUAUGAUUUUUCAGUGGAAAUGACAUUAAAAAGGAUGCAUUGCCAUUGGUUUUGCUAUGAUACUCUAAGGAUCAUGGGACUUUUCCAUCUGAAUUGUAGCUGAAACCUGCUCUAUGUGUUGUUUCCCCAAUUAGUAUGUGAGCUCUUUCCAGAGCAGGGACUUAUUUUACUUUUUUAUUUGAUUCCCAAUUCCCAAAGGCACAGUUUUGAUUAAUGAUGUUCCUUGGUAUGUGUGUGUGUGUGUGUGUGUGUGUGUGUGUGUGUGUGUAGGGAAGGAGAUGUAGCUGACUCUUCUCCCAGGUGCUCAGUCAGCUGCAGCCUCUGUUUGCCUCCUCACAUUUCCCCCAAGCAACUUUUAGCUGUUUCACAAGCUAUGGUAUCUGGUGGAUAUACCGAUGCCAAAGGAGCCCAGGAAACAACUCAGCUCAAACUAGGCGCUGGAAUGGAAUGUGAUUCUUUGUCUGAUCCACAGUCCCAAUCUUUAACACAGGACGUAAUUAGGUGUUUAGCAAAUAUUUGCUAAAUAAAAGAAUGAUCUUUUUUUUACCGUUAUCUUCUCAGUUUGAAAUUUCUGUCUGCUUUUGAAAUUUAGUUAAAUAAAUUGGCUUUGAUUUGUCUUAGCUAUUUUCUAAAAAUAGAUUUAGCAUGUUCUCAGUUAAUGUUAUUUUCAUUUUAAAAUACAAAAUAUCAGUUUUUUCUUUUCUAUUUAGAGAUUUAAGGUAACUAUAUGUUCAAGUUCAUAUAAAAGAUCAAAAUGGACAAAUAAUAGAUACUACAUGAGAUAUCCAUUUGAAAACAUUUCUAUUAUGUCUCAAAAUAUAUAUACAACAUAUAUCCAUGUGUAUUAUAUGGACAUGUUAUAUAAUAUGUCUGUAGUUUAUAUAAUAUAAUGUCUAUAUAACAUAAUACUAUAUAGACAUAGAAAUUUAAAAUAAGGAAAUCGUUCAGAAUUUCUAGUAGAAAAGGAAUGUGAGAUAAAAUGAUCAUAUCUACCUACACUUGUUUCCUCUGACAUAAUCUUCUACUCCAUAUAAUACACACACACAUACACAUUUCCACCCCCCCCAUAUAGAUAUUAGUUGGUUUAUAAUUUUGAAAAUGUCAAAUUGGAAAUGUUUUAAUAAAACUUUUUUAAGUGAAAAAUUUUUGGUUUGACAAUUGAUGAAUGAAUGCCACAGGGUGUAAGUCUAUAAUUAAUUUGCACUUUUAAUUAGGAAGUGAUUGUAUUCCAUAAUAAAGUCCAUAUAUGUUGCAUA